UAAUGUGAAUAUAAUAAACGCCACUGGAAAAUAGAUAUUGUGCUUAUAACGACGGGAUGUGUAUUUGGGAGUUUAACGAUCGGUGGACCCAACAAUUACAGUUUUGCCAGACGUUCUCCGAACCAGGCCUGUGUCCCUUGGUUUCAAUGGCAUGCAAUUCCAGUUCCGAAUUAUAAAACGUUACUUUAUACAAAACGUAAAGAGCAAGUCUAAAACCUCCCCAAGAUGAGGCGCUGUUGAAUUACACACCGUGUAGAUAGGAAGUGUUGGACAUGGGGACAGUAACUGAAACAUCCAGACUCGCAUUGCUUAGUUUGAGAAGUUGGACUCCAUAGCAAGAUGGACAUCCAGCCGAGUAGUGUAGAAAGUGCUAUAGGCCUGUGUUCAAGCUUUCAAGUGAAUGAAGACCAUUCUCAGCAACCAGACCGUCGACAUCCCCGGCAACGUCGAGGUGUCCCUGAAAGGGCGCACGGUAAUCGUGAAGGGACCCCGCGGAACUCUGCGCAGAGAAUUCAACCACAUCAACCUUGAGCUGAGCCUCCUCGGCAACAAGAAAAAAAGGCUUCGUGUUGACAAAUGGUGGGGUAACAGAAAGGAGCUUGCUACAGUACGAACCAUCUGCAGUCAUGUUCAGAACAUGAUCAAGGGAGUCACUUUUGGCUUCCGUUACAAGAUGAGGUCUGUGUAUGCUCAUUUCCCCAUCAAUGUGGUUGUUCAGGAAACUGGGUCUCUGGUGGAAAUCAGGAAUUUCUUGGGAGAAAAGUACAUCCGCAGAGUACGCAUGAGGGAGGGUGUGAGCUGCAAUGUCUCCCAGGCACUGAAAGAUGAGCUGGUUCUUGAAGGCAACGACAUUGAGCUGGUGUCCAACUCAGCUGCCCUGAUCCAACAAGCAACGACUGUCAAGAAGAAGGAUAUCCGUAAGUUCUUGGAUGGGAUUUACGUGAGCGAGAAGACCACUGUGGUUGAGAUGACCUCCGAUUAAAAACAAACAAAAAAAUGGCUCAUUCAGGACGAAAUAAAUUUUAUCCCACAAAAA